UUAUUUAGUAUACGUAUAGCAGCGUUUAAUAGUAGAAGUGGCGUUUGCGUUAUGAGUGAUAACAGGAAUUGUGUGAAUAUUAUGAAAACGUUUGUGUGUGUGUUUUUGUUUAUGACAACCGUACUAACUCAUAGGGGUAGAUCCAGACCGCAGAUAAUCAUCGAUAAUGAUGCCGGUGGAGAUGACGCGAUGGCUAUAUUCCUUGCCUUACUGUACGAAAAACAUUUCGAAGGCCCAAAGUUGAUCGGCUUAACAACUGGCAAUGGGAACACAAAUUUGGAAAAUGUUUGCAGAAACAAUCAAAGAAUACUUAAAGUCGCUAAAAGACAAGAUGUUCCGAUUUACAGAGGAUCCGAAGCGUCACUUGUGGUGACACCUCCCAUCGCAGACUAUUACGGGAAAGAUGGAUUAGGAGACUGUGGUUUGUAUACGACAGGCUUAGCGCCAUUGAAAGAACAAAGCGCUGUCACAGCACUCAUAGAACUUUCAAAGAUACAUGAAGGUAACUUAAUAGUAAUUACAUUAGGAACUUUAACCAAUGUGGCACUAGCAAUCAAACUGGAUCCAGAUUUCUUGGGUCGAUUAAAACAAUUAUAUGUCGCAGCAGGACAUAUACAAGAUGAAGAGAAUCCUGAGCCAGAGUUCAAUGCAAGUAUGGAUAUUGAAGCGUACCACAUCGUCACACAAUACGCGACGCCUGAUAAAGUGACAGUUUUUCCAUUCUCACAAGUCAAAACUUACCUAAACCUCACACGGGAUUGGAGAUUGGAAUCAUUGGGUAAAAUAGACACUGAUAUAAUGCGUGCGCAAAAUCAAUUUGAAAAAAUAGCCAUAGACAAAAACGAGGAGUGGCAGGCAUUGGACCCGGCAGCUGUUGCGGUUGCUAUUAAUGAGGAUUUAGUAGAAGAAUACAAAUAUUCAAAGAAUGGUAUUAUUACUUGCGGUAAAGAAAGAGGAAUAAACACAAAUCAUUUCGUUGAGAAGGAAGAUGCAAAUGUAAAAGUAGUAUAUUCCGUCAAAGAAGAAGAGUAUAAGGAAUUUUUACUGAAUGUGUUAUCAAAAGAAGCGUAAAUAUUGUCAUAGAUAAUAAUCAUCUUUUAAUGUAUGGAAUAAAUUUAUGUAAAAAAAA